ACACAGAGGACAGGACCCGGGUCACUUCCUGCGGUGACGUCACAGGUCCCCGGACAUUCCACGGUCUCCCGGAGACCAAGCUGAGGGUCUUAGGGGAAGGUCUUCCUCCUUGGCUGGAGGGAACAUGGCAGGGAGCAGAGGAGUGACCCUGUUCGUCCUGCUGCUGUCCUGCUGGCGAGAAGCCAGGCUCCAACCCAUCAACAUGACUUCAGGUCCCAUCACUGAAAUGCCACCCCGUUCACAAAGUCAGGAGGAUAUACAUCGAGUGUUUGAUGAAAUUCUAGUCCAAGAGAUGUUGGACCCAAAUAAAUCAUCAAUGGCUGGAAAGCAAAGGACACCAUCAACAUUACCAACAAAACCGUUCACGGAAAAAAAUCCCAUCCUGGACGAGAAUUUCCAAGUUGGUGCUCCUCAGAGUUACCAUGGACUCUCCGAUAACCCACAGUUGUCUCUUGGCAGUGAAGACAAAAUUUUCAAUAAUGAACCCAGCAUUGAUGAGAGUUAUCAGAUCGGCGGUCCUGAGGGUUUUGGCGAGUCCCAGUUUUCUGGCGGAAAGAAGAAUUUACAAAACGAGCAAUAUAAAAAACUGUCAAUUCUGGACAAAAUCCUUCAAAACUUUGGGAAAACUUCAGGGAACUCUCUCCAGUGAGCGGACGAGGAGGGCGAGGCUCUGAAGGGCUGCAGAGGGCGGUCAGCGCGGCUGUCUGCCCCGAGGGGCCCCCUCCACAGCACAUCCAGACUCCAUGAGACCCCACAGCCCCUCAGGAAUAAAGAGUAUAUAUGUGCACAUGUUGUUAACCA